UCCCGAAAUUUUGUUAAAUGGAGAACGUGCCAUUCCCUCCCCUCCCACAUGCGUGUAGUAACUGACUUCGCCCACAUUCCUUGUUAUUUAAUCAAAAACAAAUUUAAGAGCUAAGACAGCUUCAUUUUAUCAUGAUUUUCGAAUUUCAAUUUCUUUCUCUGCAAUUACUAAUUUCUUUCUUAUUUAUGUGUGAGUUUAUGUGAAGUGAAAGCAAAGAAAAAAAAAAAAAACAAAAAGCGAGGCAAAUGGCACCAUCAGCAUCAUCAUCAUUUAUGCCUUUGACAUCACAAAAAAUCAUCACAUUAUUGUUUUUGAUUUCCCUUUUGACACGUCGUUUGGGAGCAAUUUCAUCCGCGUCUCCUCGAUAAUUCUAAUAAGGCAGAUAAAAACAGUGGAGAUUAGAUGGACAUUGGUGCCCUUUUAACUUCGGCCGCUAUCAAUACAGGUUUAUCUGUGUUGCUUUUUUCACUGUAUUCAAUAUUGAGAAAACAACCAAGCAACACCAUUGUGUAUUUCGGGCGGAGGCUUGCUUCUUUAAACAACAGAAAUAGCAGAAAUCAUUUCUCCUUCGAAAGGUUUGUGCCCUCUCCUAGUUGGAUCGUCAAGGCAUGGGAAACAACUGAAAAUGAAAUCUUGGCCAUUGGUGGCCUUGAUGCUGUGGUUUUCCAGAGGAUACUUGUUUUCAGUAUCAGAGUCUUCUCUAUUGCAGCUGUUACGUGCAUGUUCCUGGUGCUUCCAGUGAAUUAUUAUGGGCAGGAGAUGAAACACAAGCAUAUCCAUGCCGAGUCCCUCAAUGUAUUUACAAUUGCAAAUGUGAAAGAAGGCUCCAGAUGGCUUUGGGCACAUUGUCUCGCAUUAUAUAUCAUAUCCUGCUCAGCUUGUGUUCUUCUUUACUUUGAAUACAAAAGCAUCACCAAGAUGAGGCUAGCACACAUAACAACAUCUCCUCCAAAUCCAAGUCAUUUUACCAUUCUUGUCCGUUCAAUUCCAUAUUCGGUGGGAGAAUCAUACAGUAAUUCUGUGAAGAAAUUCUUUACAAAUUAUUAUGCAUCAAGCUACUUGUCUCAUCAAAUUGUGUAUCGAUGUGGUUUGGUUCAAAAAUUGAUGGUUGAUGCAGAAAAGAUAUGCAUGAGGAUUAAGGCUGCUCCCAAGGGCCAAUCAAGUUUAAAGCCAUGUUGUCUGUGUGGAGGAAGUACUUCGUUUAAGGUCCUUACUGAUGAACCAGAAAGUGUCAAGGACAGUUUCAGUUAUUCUAACUUGAAUCUUGCCACCAGAGAUAACGAGCGUUCUGCUGCUUUUGUUAUUUUCAAGACCCGCUAUGCUGCUGUGGUUGCCACACAGAUGCUUCAAUCACCAAAUCCCAUGUCAUGGGUGACAGAAUUGGCCCCAGAACCACAUGAUGUUUUAUGGUCAAAUCUCUGUAUACCAUUUAGACAGCUUUGGCUCCGGAAGAUAGCAACUCUUCUGGCAUCUAUAGUCUUCAUGGUUCUGUUUCUUGCUCCAGUGACCUUUGUACAAGGCUUGACUCAACUAGAGAAGCUGUCACAAACAUUUCCUUUUCUGAGAGGAUUUCUAAAACAGGACCUUAUAAACCAUGUGCUGACUGGUUACCUGCCAAGCGUUAUCUUAAUAUUGUUUCUGUAUACUGUUCCACCGACAAUGAUGCUGUUUUCAUCAGUGGAGGGACCUGUUUCUCAUAGUGGAAGGAAAAGGAGUGCAUGCUUGAAAAUCUUGUAUUUCACAAUUUGGAAUGUUUUCUUUGUUAAUCAUGUAUCAGGAGGUUUUCUCUUUGCGUUCAAUAUGUUAUCUAGUGUAGGAGACAUUCCUGUAGAACUUGCCAAAGCAAUACCAAAUCAGGCUAGCUUCUUUGUGACUUAUGUUUUAACAUCAGGUUGGGCAAGUCUGUCAUGUGAAGUGAUGCAACCUUUUUCUCUCCUCUGCAAUUUCCUUAAAAAACACCUUCUUAGAAACCAUGAAGACUCAUCUGAUGGUCUUGUGUCCUUUCCAUACCACACUGAAGUUCCAAGAGUCUUGCUGUUUGGUCUCAUUGGCUUCACCUAUUCGGUUAUGGCACCUUUAAUAUUGCCCUUCUUGCUGAUUUACUUUUUACUGGCAUAUCUGGUAUAUCGAAAUCAGAUUGUCAAUGUAUACAUAACAAAGUAUGAAGGCGGUGGACAGUUGUGGCCUAUUGUUCACAACACCACAAUCUUUUCAUUGGUGCUGACACAAAUGAUAUCUCUUGGUGUUUUUGGAAUUAAAAAAUCUCCAGUCGCAUCGGGUUUCACCAUUCCACUGAUAAUUUGCACACUUCUAUUUAAUGAGUAUUGCAGGCAGCGAUUUUUCCCAAUUUUUAAGAAGAAUGUUGCACAGGUUCUUUUAGAGAUGGAUAGACGAGAUGAGCAGUCUGGGCGGAUGGAUGAGAUCCAUCAACAGUUGCAUUCAGCCUACUGUCAGUUACCGCUAACUUCCCAUGAAUUCUGUGAAUCUGUACACAAGCUCUGUCAGGACAACAUCCGAGGCCGAGAGGGCACCAAGUCAGGAAAAGAACCCAGUGAAGUAAGUGAACCCUGUGCUGUCUGCAAUUUUGGAAAAGAACGUUCUAUUGGGGAGUGAUCUAGCUUAUCCCCUGUACAUAUAAACGCCAUCUACUCACUGACGGUGCUUUCCAGUGCAAUGGUAUUUUGAAGAGGAGUUUUGGCCACAGUAGGUGUGUCAUUAAGAAUCUGUACAGAAGAUUUACUGGACUUUUGGCUGGAAAAUUUGGUGCUCUUUACUCUAGAGGUAUAGCAUUGAGGCUUUCCAUAAGAUCUUACUCUGCUCUCUUUUUCCCUCUUGUGCACAUAAGAAAGAUGAUGUACGAUGUCAUCUCAUAGUAUAAACAACAGAAAUCUUACAUGGCUGUAGCUGUUGAAUCCUGUCAUGUGUAACAUGGACUUGGCCGGCGAUGUUUGGUGUGUGAGAAUUUGAAAAACAUUUCCCUACAUGU